CGCUCACGCGCAGGCACCGGUAGUCUAUCUAGUGUGCCUCACGCAAACGGCAGUGGGUCACUGGAGACGUUGAAUUCUUCGUCGUCGAGACGUCACGCAAAACAUCGGCAAGUGCCGGGCGUAUACUUCUUGAUUGUGGUGCCAGUUUUUGUUGUUUUUCGAGGCUUACGCGUUCGGCGUCGGGACAUUUUCGGGAGUUUGGACUGUUUUUUUUUUCUUCAACGAGAUUAGUGCAGUGAUGUAACAUCCAUUAUGGCCUGCACCACGGACAGUGGAACGGAAACUUUGUUCUCGGACGAGUCUCCGUGCGAGCUCGCGAGAUCCCCGAGUAUCUGCUCGGGUUAUGAGACGACCACCCAAAAUGACGACACUUUGUCGAUCAACAGUCGCCUGGCACCUCCAAACAUUCAACCGUUCAGCGGAGUUCUUGAAAAGGGGAAGGUUGUGAUCAGACCGAUAGCCUUCAAACCAGCAGCUCCAGGUGCCAUGGCGCCUUCUUCCAGGUUCGGUGACCGAUAUGGAUCCACCCCCAUACUAACCAGACCCGGGUCUAGACUUACCUUAUACGGAAGUACCAGCGACUUGCGCAGACAGCACGCAGUCCAGAAUUACUCACUAGAUCGAAAGCUCCGGUCUUCUUGCCCUUCGAGCGCUUCGUCUCCACCCCUCGCAAUGAGUUCUCUACCAUCGUUACCGCAUAGUCACAAGCUCAUCAACUACGAUAGCUUAGAAAGCGUCAGGAAGUCACCGAUCAACAAUGUGGACUGUUCGCUAAUCAACAAACCUGCAUAUCGUCACUCAACAUCCAACGUGGAAAGCUUAAUGGACUUGACCCCCUCCCCUAGCGAUUCAGGAGUGUCUGAAUUAGAAGCGGCCCUCAGGGAUCGCGACUCUGAGCUCGCUUACCUGCGACAAACCAUGGAGCACAACGAACAAGUCAUCUUCAGAGUAUACCAAGAAAAAGAAAAGGUUUGGGAACGAGAGUUGAGACGCCUCAAAGCAGUCCACGAAAACCGGCUCAGAGCCAGCGUUCAAAAAGCGUUGAAGCUGGAGCAAAUGCUGAUGAUGCAAUCUUAUCAACUGAACCAAGACAAGAAGCGAUUAAUGGGAGACGUGCAAAAGGCCAGCUUCCAGAACGACAAGUUCAAACAGGAGAUGGCAUCGCUUAGAACUCGAUUAGAGGAGACGGAGUGGGGGUUGUGUCAGAAAACCGGAGAACUUUCCCUGUUGAAGACGCAGUUGAAAGAGUGCCAAAACGAGCAAACGGCGAAGUCUCAAGAGCUUCUGCAGUUAAGAACCGAAUUCAGGGAUCUUCAACAGCAGUUCAAUGAGUUGGAGACGGAUCUGGGAAAGCAAGUUGCUCUAACCGUGCAAAAGGACUUAGAAAUUGCUGAACUAAGGAGUCAGCUGGAGGAAACAAAGAGGCAACUUCUCAAUCACCGAUCCACUGAAUCACUGGACAAAAAGGUAGACGACAUUACGGAAACAGAGAGGCUCAGGGCGGAAAUCAAAGAGUUGAGGGAAGAAUUAUCCGACAUGUCGCUUAACGACUACAGCAAUGUGCAGCCCGGUAGAAGGAGAGGUCAGAACCUCGAAAACGAAGAAGAUACACUGGAAGAUCUGGAGAUUCAAAAGUUUAACAAAGAAUUCAUCGAAAGCGACUUGGAGCAGCUCAGGCGUGAGCUGGACCAGAGGACCAAGGAGUUCGAAAGAGAACGGCUGGUAUGGGCGCAGGAAAAGGAGAAAGUAUUGAGAUACCAGAGGCAGCUGCAGAUGAACUACGUCCAGAUAUAUAGGAGGAGCAAGGCGUUGGAGGUAGAUUUGAAAAAUUUAACGUUGUCGUUGAAAUUGGAUCAGCCGACUCAGAGACUCGCCAAAGCUGAGAUGGAUCAAACUGUCGAGUUGUAGAAUUGGAGAAUGAAAAGUUUGACACUAAGGAGUUAAAAAACGUUAUAUACUUAGCUUUUUCUUGUGUAGAAUAAUGUCUACAUCUAAGUUAAAAGUGCCUUACUAUGUAUAUUUUCUGCACAGUAUAGAGGACGUGAAAUUUUUGAUGAUUUUUGAGGUCAUAAUCUCAGAGACAGGGGGAGUUUGACAGUUUAUAAAGCAUAUUCAAAUUUUAUAAUUGGAACACCCUUAAUAUCUUACUCCAUGCUUUAAAAAUCAUCGAAAAUUUGACACCCUGUAUGUCAAACGAUGGUGGCUUGUGCAUUGAUAGCCUAUCGCGUCAUUUGAGAGUGUACAUCUGUAUAAAAAGAUUACUAACAAUAAUUUUCAACUUGUGAUUUUACUGGUAUAUAAUUACUAUUUAUUUAAUUAGAGUUUAAUGUACAUUUUAACACCGAUUUUAUAUAUGAAAACGUU